AUGUCACGAGGAAACAGACGAUACGUGUAUCCAGUGUUGGCGCUGGCUGGUUUAAUCUCUGUGUCUGUGGCGUAUGCGUACAGGACGAGGAUUCAGGUCAGUCAGAAGCAGAGGAAGUACGCCAGCAAACGAGUAUCGAUAGUGCUUUCAGAGUCCGUUGUGGAGGCCCGAUUGCCUCUAGAGGAACUGUCCAAUAUGGUCCAGGACAUAGUAUUCAUACUCCAUCCUAAGGUCACUAGAGAGUCGCUACAAUUGCAGAACGCUCAGCAAUUCAAGUUCAUCGAGUGCAAUUCAGAGGAAGGAGUCAUUCAUGUUUUGAAACAUUUGCGGGGAUUGGUGAACUUCAUCUGCUUUGAAGAUUUUGAAAGCCUGAAACCAGAAGACUUGCAUCUGGAUACCUUUCUGGUGGAAACGCGAGAACUGGCUAAGGACCCAGCUGAGACCAAAGAGGCAGUGAUGAGUUGUUUAUACGAGACGUGA